UUAUUUAACAAGAACAUUAUUGCUUUCACUUUCUGUAUAAGUGGCUGCUGAGACAGGCAGGAGCUUACAAAGGAAAGAACGAGAGAAAAAGAAAAUAUACAGAGAAAAAAGAAGAAUGAAGUGAAUUAACGAGACAGACAAAGACCUCAGAAAAGAGAGAGACUGACGGAGACGGGUACUGCAAGAAUUAAUAAGAGACACUCAGCAGUAGACGUGAGGUCUGGAGGAAGAGAAAUAAGCUACAGUAAUAGAAGAUACCAGAGGUGUUGGACAUUUCUCUUCUCAGAUAUGGCUCUUCUGACCAUGUGUGGACCUCCUCAUAGUCGGGACUGGCAGUUACCCCUCUAUGGGGGCAAAAUCUCCCCAACGAUCUCUUUCAACCCCCACAACACCGAGCUGGCAGUGCCCCCUGGAUGUCAGCCAGCAGGAUUCCUCAGGCGUAUGGAGGACGGCGUGGACGGUGUGAAGAUUGAGCCCUGGCAUGGUACCACCACACUGGCUUUCAAAUUCCAGAAUGGUGUGAUUGUGGCAGUAGAUUCACGGGCAUCAGCCGGAAGUUAUGUCAGUUCAAUCAAGUUUAAUAAGGUGAUUGAGAUUAACCCUUACCUGCUUGGCACUAUGUCGGGUAGUGCAGCCGAUUGCCAGUACUGGGAGAGACUGCUGGCCAAAGAGUGUAGGUUAUACCAGCUGCGGAAUAAUUCCAGGAUCUCCGUCUCGGCCGCCUCCAAGCUCCUGUGUAACAUGAUGCUGCAAUACAGGGGAACAGGGCUAAGUGUGGGGAGUAUGAUCUGCGGAUGGGACAGUAAGGGUCCUGGAUUAUAUUAUGUGAAUGAUAAUGGGACAAGGUUACCAGGCAAUAUUUUCUCCACGGGCUCAGGAAAUACCUAUGCAUAUGGCGUUAUGGACAGCGGAUACCGCUAUGACCUGACCCCUGAAGAGGCGUAUGAUCUUGGCCGUAGGGCAAUCAGCUACGCCACGCACCGGGAUAGCUAUUCGGGAGGAGUAGUCAACAUGUAUCACAUGAAGGAGGAUGGCUGGGUAAAGGUCGGACAGUUUGACGUGAGCGACUUACUGUACAAAUACGCAGAGGAGAAGAUGCAGUAAUUCCAGAGGCCGUGUUCCCGCCAUUGUGUUCUACCUUCUCUAACACCGGUCCUCAUCGCUGCUUACUAAGUCUACAGAGAGGAGAAAUUGCAGAGGCCGUAUCACCCGCACAGUGUGACCCCUAAUGUCUUCUACGUUCCUCUAUCACCUUUACUGCUAUCUUCAUACUAUGGGCCCAUUCAUCAACCAAUUUUAGCUAUUUAAAACUAGUUGCGAAUAAUAAAUGAUGUUCCAGCCAAUCAACACAUGACAGUUGGGAGCUGAUUGGUUGGGCAUUUAUCAUAUACAACAAGUUUUAAAUAGCUAAAACCCGUUGAUAAAUGGGCCCCAAAAUCUACAGCGACAAGAGGCAGAGGACGUGCGGCAGAGGACGUGCUAGAUAAAUUACCGUUAUUAGCUUAUUGGUUGCUUUGCACAACUUUUCCCCUUUAUCUCUCUCCAAGGCUUGAUACAUUUCCCCCCUCAAUCUGCUGUCUGAAAUUAUUGAAAAUAAAUAUUUAACAAAUGA